AUGUCCAGCCCAGGGUUUGGCAUGCUGGCGACACUGGCACUGGCAGCCAUCUGUCACGCAGACUGCUCGGAGACUGAAGCAGCAGAGGCAUGCGCAGGGCAGCAUUCCCAUCACUAUUGGGCAGAUUCAGUUCUGCCACCCGGGUUUUCGGCGUACUCCUCGCUUGCAAAAUGUGCUGCUGCCACGGUGGCAGGCUCCAUAUUUGCUCUGGUGGGCAUGAUGAUCGAAAGCAAGAAGGACAAGAAGGACAAGCCAAUAUCCCGUGAGGAUUUGGUACUGCCUAGAACCACCAGCACAUGCUCGUCGUCUCCAGUGCAAACUCCAGCUCCAGCUAGGAAGGCGGAGUGUCAGGAAAGUCAGCAGCAGGAUCCGGAUGAGUCGGAGUUGAAGCGAUCACAGUCUUUGCCAUCAUCGCAGUUGAAAUGCUCAGACACUUCAUCCAGUGGACAGCGGAGCUACACCAAAGAGAAGGACAAGGGACGCUCCGACGAGUUGAAUUGGCGCAGCAUGAGUUCCCGGCCAGUGCGGACGUUUUCUGCGCCUGUGCCCAAACCGAAGACGGUUGCAAAGCCGCCUCCGUCACCGUUAAGCAUCAUCGGCAAAGACUUGACAGAGAUGCAGAAGGUGGAGCGGCAGGUAAAGUCCAUCCUCAACAAGUUAACUUGGGAGAAGCUUGACAAGCUCUAUGACGACUUGGUGUCGUACUGCACGGUGGAUGAUCAAGACACUCGACGCGAGACGGUCGAGGUCAUUGCCCGGGACGUCUUCAAGAAGGCUACGCUUCAGCACCACUUUAUCGAGCUUUACGCCGGCUUGUGUGCCCGUCUUGAUGCAGAUCUGAAGCAGAGAGGGAUCGAGGUGAACUUCAGAAGGGCACUUCUCGAACAGUGUCAGGAAUCGUUCACCACGCAUCUGGCACCACCGCAGAUAGACUCGUGUCUUGACUACGAAGACCAAUAUGAGAUGCUCGUGAAGUACAAGACGAAGAUGCUUGGCAACGUUAAGCUCAUCGCCCACCUCUUGCGUUUGAGGAUGCUGGCGGCGAAGAUCAUCUUUCACUGUAUCGACGAGCUCAUCUCAAUAGGUUCAGCAGAGGAAUGCGAGGUAGAGGGGCAGGAGAGGUGUGCGCUGGUAAUGGCCCCAGACCCGUACCAUGGGCUUGAUCACGCCGAGAUUUACGGCAAGAAAGCAGCAGACGAAAGCUUAAACCCCAAAGCGAGAGGGGCCUGGAAGGACUUGGCUGACGGCGUGCAGUCUCUUAACGAGGAUGACCCAGAUUCAGCCAUUCGGUUGGGAAACCAGGCAGGCGAAGCGUUUCGAGAUGCUCAGUGUCCAGAAGGCGAUGCUGACAGCUUGUUGCUGGUGACGAGAGCUCUCACCAGUGUAAACAGGCGGAAGGAAGCUGACAAGCUUGCACGCGACCGGCUGGCAGAGGUCAGGGCGAAGGCAGACGGGCCCAGCGAGGCCAAGGCCCUGCUCGCACUGGCAGAAGUCAAUGCGGACCAACGGGGCAGCAAGAAGCGUGAGGAGGCACGGACUGCAGCCAAAGAAGCCAGAGAGAUGUUUGAAAAACUCGCAGACGAACGUAUGCGAGCGGCGGCGCUGCUAGUUCAAUCGCAUAUCUGCAUUAAAAGCAAAAACCAGGAAAAGGACAAGCGAGCAGCAGAGGCUUUGAAGCUAGCUGAAGAUGCCCGCAAGAUUUGCAACGACUUGGGCGACACUCGGACAGAGGCAACAUGCCUCCAUGCAUAUGCUUCCGCCCAUGACAUCAUCGAGCAGCACAACGAGUGCAUCCAGGCGGCAGAGGAUGCCCUGGACUUGUACUUGGAUUUGCAAGAUCCAUAUGCUGAAGCCUUCGAACUCUGCUGCAUGGCGCAGUGGUUCAUGAACUACUCUCGCUGGCAGCUGGCAAUCGAUCAUGCAGAGGACGCGCUGGAGAUUCUGCGGGCUGCUCCCAAGCCGAGUGCAUCGCAGGAGCUUCGAGCGCUGCAGAUCCUGUCUCAGGCCCACCAGGGAAAAGGUGACAAGACUGGCACGGACGCGGUCCACGAGUCGCUGAAACGUUUCCAGCAGAGCGACAACCGCUCGGCGGAGGCUGCGGCCAUGGAUAUGCUUCUCAGAGCACAUUGCGAGAAGGGCGAGUUCGAGCGAGCGCUCGAAACUGCUGAGCGAGCGAGAUCUGCCUUCAAGGCAGUCGGAGACGAGGUCGCAGAGGCCAACAUCUCCGCACUGAUAGCUGGGCUAUAUCUCAAGUUGGGAAUGGCAGAUGAGGCUCUCAAAGAAGGCCAUGCGGUUCUGGAUUUGGUCCGACGAUCCGGCUCAACCAAGCAGAAGUCGGAUCUCAUGCUCACGUUGUCCCAGGCUUACCUGGAGAAGCAGGAGCACGAGGAAGCUCUGGCCAUAUGCCGUGAUAUGCAAGAUCACUUCACCCAAAAAGGAGACGUGGAGGGAGAGGCCGACUGCCUGCUGGCAGCUGGCUCUUUGCUCGUCCUGCAGGGAGACCUGGACGAGGCUCGCUCGCUCGCUGCCAAGGCGCAGCUGAUUCUCAGCGAGGAGGGCAAUGCCACUGGCGAAGGCAAGGCACUUCGGCUGCUCGCCGAGAUCUAUGCAAAGCAGGAGCAGCACAAAGCAGCCAUCAGGGCUGGGGAGCGCUCCAGAGCCCUUCUGCGUGGGGAAGAGGGCGCUGCUGACGAAGCUUCCAUGCUCUUCCUCGUAGCGCAGGAAGCAGUGCAGCUUGCAGUCAUCGAGGGCGCCAGGGUUGGCUUGGAUAAACCUCUGAAGAGGCAUGCCAGGGAAGCGCUGGACAAGGCCGAGAAGUGUGCAAAGAUGGCCGUGAAGCUUUGUACAGACAAUGCUUCCGAGCAAGGGACAUCCGAGAUUCUUGGAUCAUCGUUGUGCUCGCUAUCGCAGGUGCAUAUGCUUCGCAGCAAGUACAAGGAGGCUUUGUCCAUCGGCCAGGAGGCUGUUCAGGUCUUCGUGAAGACGGGGCACAAGCGGAACCAGGCAUCUGCAAGCCUUCUUUGUGCAGAUGCGGAGCGGGCCCUCGAGCAUUACAAGGAAAGCCAAAGAUAUGCCUUAGAGGCAGUGGCAUGCUUUAACCAAGCGGAUGUAUUGGACGAGAAAGGCCUGGCUGCUGCGCAAAGCAUCAUCGAGGCGCUGAAGCAGCACCUGGCACCACCUCGGCCACAGGUGGUCCCCGGAGGUCCACCAGGUGCACUUCCACCGCAGAUGAUGCAGCAGUAUGUGGAAGAGGAGGUUGCUGAAGGAAGGGUAGCCAGGACUCGCGAAAGAGGCCCGGCUAUGGAUGUAAAAGCCCUCAGCCCGGACGUCAUCAAAAAGAAGAUCCUGGACGUGGCAUUGAGCAUGACUGGGGCAGAUGAUGGUGACAUAGAGGCCGACACGCCGCUGAUGGAAGCUGGGCUCACAAGCACAUCGGCCGUUGGGCUUCGGGACGAGCUCAUGAAGGAUCUGGUUGGCAUCAAUUUGCCGGCCCUGGAAACGCUUUGUGCGUUUAUUGAGACAUUGGGUGGCACCUUUGACAAGCCGCAGUGGUCGGGCUACGCACGGCUACAGGAGAUCUUCAAGCAGGUGGAAGUCUUGGCUGACGACAAAAAGCAAAGUGCCCGAACGCGAUGCCUCCUGAAGGACCUCCUCGACAAGCGCCGCAAUGCCUGGCAAGAGAAGACGACUGUCAUCGCCAGCCCGAGAAGUGACAAGGACAAGGAGAAGCUUCAGAAGAAGACCAUCGGGUCUGAGAAGCUGGACUGGAUGGAGGCACGCAUCUCCGUGAAGUCGCCGCUGUCGGGAGUCUCUGGGCGGCGCGCUGCUGCAUAG